AUGAAGUCCUGUCUCGUUAUAUCUUUUCUUCUUCUCAACUUUAUCAAACUUGCUUUUUGUAUAGAACCUCCUUCCUCGUCGGGUUCGGACGUUUACUAUCCAAUCGCCGGCCAGAAAGUGCUCUUCCUUACCAAUUCUGAUCACGAGCAGUCCAAGGCCUUUUUAGCGACAUGCCAAUCCCUUACUCAACAUCCCUUCGUAGAUAUCCAUCUCGCGUCUUUCACAGAGCUGAAAGAUGAGGUAUCGAAUUUACCUCCGGGCCCGUCCCGAGUCAGUUUCCAUCCUAUUAAGGGAACCCCUUAUGCGAAGCGGCUUGAAUUGGAAGAGUAUCGAUUAUCACCUUUUUCACACUCCCCUGGAUACCGCGGCGCUCCAGCUUCGCGAAAAGAUUUCCCGACCUCGCAGGUACCGUGGAAUGGCACCGAGUACCUAGAAAUGUAUCGCAGUAUACUCGACGUGAUCAAGGCGGUCGAUCCAACAUUGGUUGUGAUCGACCCAAUGUUGAGACAAGCAAAUGACGCAGUGCUGCAGCUGGGCUAUCAAUACAUGGUUCUAUCUACGAGGAAUUUACGCGACGUGCUUAUAACACAGCAGCCAGCGGGCAAAAUGAUUCGGGAGUUUCCCGCCAUUGGCUCUGGACUCUCGUCCCCUUUGCCAUGGUACAUUGUUCCGUAUAAUGCGUACCUGUGGCUGCAAAGGGCGUUUACAACGGUGUUCUCAUCGCAUUUACACAGAUUGAAAUCAUGCCGACAACGUCAUGGCGUGGCCAACCCCGUCAAUCUUGUCGAUUGGUACAGAGGCGAGGUCACAGUGCUUAUCACUUCUUCGCUCGAGAUCGAGUAUCCUAUAUCUGUUCCCCCGAACGUCAUAGCAUGUGGCCCAAUUGUACAGCUAGCGCCGCCACUGACCAGUCAAGACCAACUCUGGAAAGACUACUUAGAAUGCCCGCGACACGAUUUCCGACAUCCUAUACUCCUAAUCGACCUGCAAAGUCUCACAGAAGCCGAUGCACGUGAGAUCGCGCAGACUCUCGUUUUCAUAUUAUUGGAAUACAAGCAUCUCCAUGUUCUCUGGAAUAUCAAUAACCAAACGGAAGACUCUAGAACAGAUUAUGUCCAUUCAGUGAUUGACGCAAUAUCUCUUAUAUCGCAUCAUCGGACGCGGAAGUCGCAACUGCAUCCGGCAGGCAUCGCGUCAUUAUUGACUAGUGAGGCCGUCUCUUGUAUUGUGCACCGCGGCGAGACGGGCCUCUUCCAUGAUGCUCUAACAUCAGGUGUGCCCCAGUUACUUUUACCUAAAUGGCAAAGCGAUUACGACUACGCAGUUCAGGCUGAGUGGCUAGGCGUUGGCAGAUGGGCAAACAGAGCCCACGCUCCGUUUAUAGCCCAGGGGGAGCUGAUACCUGCAAUUCUGAGCGUACUGAAUCAAGAUCACGAAGGGGUUCGCAUCUCGCAGCAAGCUAAGGAGGUUAGUUCUAUGCUCCAAACUUCUCCCGGCCAGAAUGCUGCCGCACAAGAGAUCUUAAAAACGCUGCGUCUUCCUAAGAACCGGACAAAAGGACUAUGGGGAUCUAUCUCAGACGAGUUAUGA